AUGUUAAACAAUCGAGAAGCACUACUCAGAUACAUAGUUGCGAUACAUUUUCUUUACACAAGCUUGGCACUGUUAACCGAAUGGCUACCACCUACAUAUUCGCUCAAUCAAAUGGCUAUUUUAGUACUUGGUCUUUGGGCAAUAGCACGUCAUGAAAGUACAAUUCAAGUCGAACUGUUAAUGGUAAUUAAAUGUGGCUCGAUUUUUCUUGAUGCAAUUUGUAUUGGUCUGUAUUUUGACCUUGGUCUACGAACUUAUCGACUUCUCGAUCAUAGCUUUUAUUUUACAAUAAGUGCUUUCUUCGCUAUAUCUCUUUUAAUAAUUAAACCGGUCAUGCUCAUAUUAUUAAAUAAAGUCAGACAAGAUCGUCUUGGUGAUUCAUCAUCUUCACCAAUAUUCACCUCACAUAGAGCCGGAUAUACGCAAGUUGAAGGACAACAAACUGUUUGA